CUGCGCUCACAACGAUGAACUUCAUCUUGGUACUGGCUUUAAUCUGCACCUUCAGUUGGAUUUCUGUGUCAUUUUGUCAGUUUCACACAGUGGCAGUUCGGCCUGCUGAAGAUGUCACACUGGUGUCCACCAACUUUAGCAGCUUUCCCACACGCAUAUGGUGGUUUAAGCUGAACAGCAGUCCCAACGCCAGCCGCAUCUCUUCUAUGUCCACUUCCAAUUCUAAUGUCUCGCUAGAAAAUGGAAUCCACUUCAAUAAAUAUACUAUGUCAUCCAACACAACAAACCUCUUUCUGAAGAUCAAAAAAGUAAAUUUCUCAGACUCUGGACUUUAUUUUUGUGGAACAAACAUAGGAGAAAACCUUGAUGUGUUUACUGCAACAUACUUACGAGUGGAAGAUGGAUUACCCAAACUGCCUAGUGUAAUCCUUGGCUGCAUUGCUGUUUUCCUUGCAGUAGUCAUUAUUGCUUUGACUGUCAAAAUUAGGAACUUUCAAACAGGUCAAACUGAACAAAAAGAUCUACAACCCACUGAGAAUCUGGAUCCCGACAACCUGAACUAUGCAGCACUGAAUUUCCGGCCCAAAGUGAAACGGAACAUAAGGCCGGCAGCUGAGGGAGAGUUGGGAUCAAAUGUGGUGUAUGCUUCAACAAAAUAAACUCAU